AUGGCGGUGGAGAGUGAGAAACGCUGGCCGGGGAUCAGGGUUCUGCUGGUGAUGGGCGCUUUCCUCGCCUCCGUGUUGGCUCCAGCAAGCAGCCUGAAGUGCUACCAGUGUGUGGGUAUGUUCCAUGAAUGUGUCCAGUCGGAGCAGCUGUGCAUGCCCAGGGAUCGCUCCUGUUUUUCAUCCACCAUCAAACUCUUCUAUUCAAACAACUACACUGGCAUGUUCAUGCUGCCAGACCUGGAAAUAGCCGAGUACGUGAUGAAGGGCUGCUCCGCAGAAGCCGUGUCCAACCGCACGGCCAACGUGUACUCCGAGGACGACCGGGAGGUGCACAAUACGUACUACUGUGACACAGACCUCUGCAACAUCCGCUUCACCGGCGCUCCGACAAGCAGCUCCCAGGUGGCCAACGGCAUGGAAUGCUACAGCUGCUUCGAUCGUGGCACGGGGGACUGUGCCGAAGGGAAUGCCACCCGGAUCAAAUGCUUGGGGGACAUGAACCAGUGCAUGGAUUUUAUUGUGGUCAACGGUGCCUGGAAAAUGACCUACCGGACGUGCGCCCUGGAAACCCUUUGCCGCCGUCAGUACAUGAUGCCCGAGCUCUCCGGGAGGCUGGAGAUCGGCUGCUGCUCCACGCCGCUCUGCAACGACGGCCACCCGGGGCUCAGGAGCAUCUGCAGCCACUUUUCGGAGCAAGGGAUUAAGCAAAAGCCGGAGAACGGCCUGGAGUGUGCCAGCUGCUGCGACUCUGGGCAGGGCGAAUGCGCACCAGGGAACUGGACUCACAUCAAGUGCGUCGGAGACCAGAACAUGUGUGUGAAUGUCACAGAGGGCGGCCGGACCCUGCUGCGGGGCUGCAGCUUGGAGAAGCUCUGCUGGGAGAAGCCGCAGCUGCUGGGCCUGGACCAGGAUGCUGCUCUCCAUUGCUGCUCCAGCUCCCUCUGCAAUGGCAGCUCCAAGCCAGAGGGAGGCGCUGCGCUGGUGCACCUGCUCUGGUCCACCGCUGCCCUGCUGGGCACCUGGAUGCUCUGA